AACGAUUGGUGGAACAUGUCUUUUUCCCCUCCCAUCACGAAUAAGUGUGUGUGAAGGAGUUUGUCGUUUCUCCUUUGCUGUCAAAAAUUUACGGGGGGCGGGGGUUAAUCUUGUGAAAUUAUUAGGGAUUUAAUUCAUAGCGAGCUAUAAUUUGCAAUCAUGGCAACAGCAAUUAUCAGAUCCGUGUGGAGGAAUAAGGUGCCCCUUGGUGUUGGGCGAAUGUACUUCUCCUCCUCUGUGCCCACAACCAAGCUGUUCAUUGAUGGAAAGUUUAUUGAAUCCAAGAGUUCAGAAUGGAUUGGCAUUCAUAAUCCUGCCACGAAUGAAGUGAUUGGCCAAGUGCCCAAAGCAACGCAGGAGGAGAUGUUGGCUGCUGUGAACUCGUGCACCAAGGCCUUCCACUCCUGGUCAGCCACCUCUGUCCUCACCCGUCAGCAGAUAUUCCUGCGCUACCAGCAGCUCAUCAAAGACAACCUGAAAGAAAUUGCCAAGCUGAUCACUCUGGAGCAGGGGAAGACGCUGGCGGACGCAGAAGGAGACGUAUUUCGAGGACUGCAGGUGGUGGAGCACACCUGUGGCAUCACGUCUCUGAUGUUAGGAGAGACCCUGCCCUCCAUCACCAAGGACAUGGACACCUUCACGUUCCGCAUGCCCCUGGGCGUCUGUGCGGGCAUUGCGCCAUUCAACUUCCCCGCCAUGAUCCCCCUGUGGAUGUUUCCAAUGGGCAUGGUCUGUGGAAACACCUACUUGAUGAAGCCCUCCGAGAGAGUUCCAGGGGCAACCAUGCUGCUUGCCAAGCUGCUGCAGGAUGCUGGCGCACCAGACGGCACGCUGAAUAUCAUCCAUGGACAGCAUGAUGCUGUAAACUUCAUCUGUGACCAUCCUGCAAUCAAGGCCAUCAGCUUCGUGGGCUCAAACCAGGCAGGAGAAUACAUCUAUGAGAGGGGAUCCAAAAAUGGCAAACGAGUGCAGUCCAACAUGGGAGCAAAGAACCACGGGGUGGUGAUGCCUGAUGCCAACAAGGAGAACACUCUGAACCAGCUGGUUGGCGCCGCGUUCGGCGCAGCAGGGCAGCGCUGCAUGGCCCUCUCCACCGCCAUUCUUGUGGGCGAGGCGAGGGCCUGGCUGCCGGAGCUGGUGGAGAAGUCCAAGAAGCUCCGAGUGAACGCAGGGGACCAGCCUGGUGCAGACCUGGGGCCCCUGAUCUCCCCUCAGGCCAGGACGCGAGUGUGUGAACUGAUCCAGAGUGGGGUGGACGAGGGCGCCUCCCUGCUGUUGGACGGCAGGAACGUUCAGAUCAAGGGCUACGAGAGGGGCAAUUUCGUGGGCCCCACCAUCCUGGCCAACGUCAAACCCAGUAUGAAGUGCUACACAGAGGAAAUCUUUGGACCGGUCCUGGUGGUCCUGGAAGCAGAGAGUCUCGAUGAAGCUAUUGAAAUGGUGAACAGGAACCCGUAUGGCAAUGGCACUGCCAUCUUCACCACUAAUGGAGCUACGGCCCGCAAGUACACCCACGAGGUGGAUGUUGGACAGGUUGGAGUAAAUGUUCCGAUCCCUGUGCCUCUACCCAUGUUCUCCUUCACUGGGUCUCGAGGUUCAUUCAGAGGGGAUACAAACUUCUAUGGUAAACAAGGAAUUCAGUUUUACACUCAGAUCAAGACUGUCACAUCUCAGUGGAAGGAGGAAGAUGCCACUCUGAAAAGCCCUGCUGUUGUCAUGCCAACCAUGGGACGCUAGGAGAGCCGUUCUGAAAAACUUCUGUGAAAUAUCGAUGCAAAAAUGCAACUGCCAUAGAUCUGGAAAAGAAUGUAACUGACGGGCAAGCCUAAAUAGUUAGUGUCAGAGGCAAUGUCUUUUGUUUUAGUUUCCUUAUUCCUUUCUUGCAGGAUGUGCAUCCUCAGUCUUAGUGUAUACUUGAAACACACAGUCAUACAUUUCAUCUGUUAGCGUUGAGAAAGGGAUGGUAGACCACUGUGUGGGGUCUUCCAUAAGGAACUGGGAAAGAGUGCCUUUUCAGUUACUUUCCAAGGGAGGGUUCUGUACAAUUUAGUUAAUGUAUCUUAAGCAAGUGACACAGCAGCGCCAAACCUUUGAUUUAGGAAGAAUACAUGCAGUGCUCUUUUUCAUUUUCUUUGGCAUCUACUUACCAUGUAUCAGUACUUUACAUUGUAUGGUUUGUGUGAGAAUAACAGAACUUAUACCCUGCUAUUAAUAUCUGGGGUAGGAUACACUGCUUUGGUAACAUGUGGUCAUUGGAUGUGCCCACAUAUUGUACCUCAGGAUGUUUGUAGUCCUUGCUGAUGAAAUUUAUUUUGUUAGGAAUUUCCAGUGAGUUGAAUGGGUUUUCUGAAUAUCUGCUUUAAAAUCAGAAUUUUUGUUGAUUACUGACACAUUUUCACCAAAAGCAGUCAUUGUUCUCUGAUUAAUUAAAAAAAAUAAAUUUCAAUUAAAUUGUCUUUCUAAAAAACACCCUUGCUUCAGAACCUUGAUCCCAUUUUUUUUACUGCUGACCUUCUUACAUGCCAUGACGGGACUUCAGAAACUCUUUACAGUACGAUUUACACUGAAAUCUGGUCCUAAACUGUGAUCAGUGCAUUGAAUGUGAACAAUGUCAGGAAAUAAUUAAAACUUAAAAUAUUUUGA